GAGCAGCAGCAUGUAUGCCCUGAGUGUAGUAAAGUUUUCAAGACUCGAAAACGACUUACGGACCAUGUAGCAGUCGUGCACACCGCUGAGCGGGCUUACGUGUGCGGCGUUGAAGGUUGCGGAAAGAGUUUCAAGAAGCAGGCACAUCUGAUACGGCAUGAGGCGAAAGUGCAUAAAAGUAGACCACUUCCUCGUGCUGGAGAUUCGGGUCGAAAUAAUGAGGCUAGUACCAAACCGAAACCACUGAAUUUCGCCUGUCCUCACUGUGACAAACGUUUUUGUGACAAUCAGAAACUGAAGAAACACAUGGUGAGCCAUAACAGGCUGCGAUGUGAGAAGUGCGGCGCUACGUUCAAGAAAAAGGGAAAACACGAUAUGCACAUAGCGUU